UGUUUUCAGUCAUUGUAUCUAAGAAUUAUGGCACUCCUUUGUUGCUUUGCUUUUCAAACAAUGCAUGUUGGAGAUUCCUGAAUCAUUAUGAUUAACAUGAUGCUCAAUGUAAUUGCUCUUUGGCCAAUCAUCUUGAUAGGGCAUAAGGACUGAGUAUAUCACAAAGACAUUGCAAGCAACGUGUUGUGGAGAACAACUACAUUUGAAAUGGCUGAAGAGAGAAGAGAUAAUAUUAUGUCUUUAGAGCUAGCGAUCCAAAGAGAGGAAGCAUACAGGAGGAAACUAUCUAAGUUGCAGUUGAACUUAGAUAAUGAUCUUAUGCCUUUGGAGGUGCCACCUUCACAUCCAACUCCUAGCCCCAAUCUAACACCAGCUGCUGGGCCAAGUUCAAGUCCAGUUCUGAGCACAAGUCUUGUGGGGGCAAAGCGAAAAGAGCCGACUACCUGCCUCCAAUAUCUGCCACCUCAACAGCCCCAACCAUUUCAUGGUACUGUCAUACUUGGAAAUGAGGCAGAUAACUUAUUUUGUGAGGUGUGCCAAGUGCAUUGCUCAGGUGCCUUUAGUCUCAAGCAGCACGUAGAAGGAAGAAAACACAAGGGGAAGAUAGAAGAGUUGGAACAUAUCAGGAAAUAUGGAGGAGAGAAAGCAAACCAGCUGCAAUGGUGUGAAUUGUGCAAUAUAUCAUGCAUGAAUGAGACUUUGUUAGAGCAACAUUUGCAAGGAGCAAGGCACAGGGAGAAACUGCAAGAGUUGGAAUCUGGAAAAGGUGGUGGAGAAAUCCUAAACCAGCCCAAGUGGUGUAAAUUGUGUAAACUUUGGUGUCCUUGCGAAUAUAAUUUCAAGCAACAUCUUGAAGGCCACAAGCAUGGCCUUCGGCUACAAGCUUUUCAGCAGAAAAAGAGGGCCAAAUAGUUGAUCUGUUAAGAAAAUCCUCUGUUUGUCCCUCUUUUCCUUCCAAAAAGCAUCUACCAGAGAAACCAUGCUUUUGGCCCCUCAAGUUGCUGCUUGUUUGGGAUUUCUCCACCACCUUUUCCAGAUUCCAACUCCUGCAGUUUCUCCUGUUCUAUUUUCCCUGAAAAUUUUGCUCAAACAAAGUCUCAUUAAAGCUUGCAAUUUUACACAAUUCACAAAAAAAGACUAACUAUUUAAAGUGGAGGCACAAAGAAGUUUCUUCUUUUCCUCAUAUCUAGACAUUACUGGUACAAAAAGAAAAUUAAUCCUGAGCUAUUAUGUAUGUUUUGAGAUCAAAUAUCACUCUUUAUUACUUAA